AGCUCCGAGGAGAGAUCCCCGCAGCUGGGAAGUCCUGUUGGGAGCGGACUACUGUGGGCGGCAUGGGCGAACUUUGUUUCUGGUUUGGAUGCCUAUGGUGAAUGCUGUCAUGUUGGAGAACCACUUCUGAACUCAGGUGUGGCAUCAUCCUCCAAGAUCUGCCUUGUGAAUAGUGUUCUUGUGUAUGUAAAUAUAACCACUCAUCAUGAUCAAGCAGUCUUCCUUCCUUAAGUGGGCCCAAAACAACAAGAAUUCCGUCAAAAGCAAAAGUGAAGUUGAGCUGGGCGGCCGUAGAUGGAUCCAUCCAGCAGAUGCUCUCCAGAAAGGACAUGUUGCAUAUCUGGUCAAGUUUCUCGGCUUCACUGAAGUGGAACAGCCCAAAGGCAUUGAAGUGGUACGAGAAGGAAUACGCAAGCUCAAGUUUAAUCAGCAGCUGAAGAGGUCUGAAGGGGGCAAGGUACCGAAGGUGGAGCUAACGAUUUCAGUUGAUGGUGUUGCCGUGCAAGAUCCCAAAACAAAGAGGAUAUUUCACCAGCACCCGCUGCAUCGUAUCUCCUACUGUGCGGAUGACAAAACUGACAAGAAGUCGUUCAGCUUCAUUGCCAAGGAGUCGGAUGGCGAACGGCACUCGUGCUUUGUGUUCUCCAGCGAAAAGUUGGCCGAAGAAAUCACACUGACCAUAGGGCAGGCAUUUGACCUGGCUUACAGGAAGUUUCUUGAAACUUCAGGCAGAGACCUUGAGAUGAGGAAACAGUUCAUGAUUCUCCAAAAAAGGGUGCAAGACCUGGAAGAAGAGAACAGUCGAUUGCGCAAGUGUCUUCGUGACGGGGAUUACUCGCAUGGUGACGACAUUUCCUCCCCUACCGAGACGACCAAUCACAAGCCAAAGGCUAAGGUGCGGGCGAUCUCGACGAAUGGAACCAGCAAACCCAGCUCAAGUAAUGUGGUUCCAGAGCCUCUACCACCGCCAUUGCCUCCCCGCACUGCCGACCAUGGCCAGCAUUCACAAGACCUCUUUGGCCUGACAGUGCCAACUGUUGGCACACGUCUUGAAAACUUGUCCAUGGAUGACCUGGAGGAUUUCAAUCCUAGAGCAGAGACUGAGCAAGUACAAGCCAAAACGAAUGGGUGUUCAGAGGUAUCCACCAACGGUACAUCAGACACACCGUCCAGCAUUGCAGCAGCAAAGGACCUGUUUGGUGCUGAGCCAUUUUCGCCGACGAAAGAGGAAGAUCCUUUCGGCAUGGGUGACUUCUCAAACAACCUUGGAGCUCAGGAACUGGAGAACGCAAUUGGCAUAAUUGACCGCAGGCUCAAUGAAAUGAAGGAUGGUUUCAGCCGAGGACUCUCCUUUGGAAAGGAUGAUUUUCUUCUUGAGCAAUUGGACCCAUUGGGAAGCAAGCCACUUGCCUGAAUUGAUGAGUGUGAAAAUUGAGUCAGCGAUGUUAUAGUGCCCCCAUUCUUCUUUCUUUCUUAUUUGAGCUGUUUUAAGCUGAAUAUUGAGUUCAAGGGGUUUUCUUUUUCCAUGUAAUUCUGUCAUUUCUUGUACUAGUAGAGCAUGACAUGGUGAAAGGAAGCCCUGUGUUCGGAGAGUGGACCAAGCAUAUCUGCCCAAGUGCACUUUUGUUUAAUUGUUUUAGACAUGUUUGUUCUAAGAGGCCCACAUAAUCUCUGCAAGUUUGCACAUGCUGCUGCUGCUUUACGACAUUUUCAUUCCACAAUUCCAGAGAACUUGGUUUCAGCAGAACCAAACCACUUUAUUUCUCAAAGGAAUUGUCAGCUGUGGUCGGUGCUUUAUUACUACUUUUGCACUUGUGUUAAAGGUCACUAAGGAGACAGUGUAUAGGUGCACAUGUGGUUUUUGUUACUAUAUGAAAAGGCUAGUCUCGUAAGACAGAAGCCAUUGCUUUUUUCUUUUUUUUUCCCAACACCUGCCAAUCUUUAUAUGUGAAGGUGUUUUAUUUUUCACUUGUUCUGGAUGUUGUUUGAGUGUGCUGCGAUAGAGGCUAGGCAGUUGGAUGUCUAACCAACUCUGAAUAUAGAUAAGUAUUUUAGCUUUGUUGGCCUUGUCCAACACUGGUUCCACCACGUGAACAGAGCCAGGCAUUAGAGCUGUGAUUCCUUUCCUCUUCCAUUUUUGCUUUUACAUUUUGCAUCGCUUUCUUUACUUCCUCUCAAACAAGGUUUAGACAGAUGACAUAUCUAGGUAUACAUCUGUUAGGGUUUACCACCACUGUACAUGCAACCACUCUUUCAUCCAUUUUGAAAUGUCUUAACAGACGUCAUGCCUGAACUGAAUGUAGCUAGGUCUUCUAAUAACUUCCUACCAGAAUGGAUAUACAUCUCCAAAAAGACUUAGAGGGGGGGGGGGGGGAGUAGCUGCAUAUAUGCCAUUGUGAGGGGGGGCUGUAACCUGUUAAUAGCAAUAAUGCUGAUAUGUUAUAUUAAAUCAUGCCUACUCAUCUCAUCAUUUGGAUCACAAGAGCAUCAUGUGUCUGAACAGCUGAUUUCUGCAUACUUUGACUGAACUUCUAUAUGUAUAGCCAAAUGGUUGGCAGUGGAUAGCUUGAGGAAUAGCAAACGCAAGUGACUUGCAAAUAAAGAAACAUUUGUGUAUGCAAGUAACUAUGUUCUUGCUUACAUGCAGAACUGGCUUGGCUUCGGCCUUCUGUACACACGGCCAGUAGUGUGUAACUUUAGGUUAGCUCUUUUGAAGACUUCCUACUGACUGACUACACUUCAGACCUCCACUUGGGUUUCUGCUCUUUCUUAGCUAAAUACUGUGACUUGCAUAUUUAUUUUGACAGCACUAAAAUUGGAGGGGGGUGGGGUGUGGCAGAAGGUUAUUCUUGGGUUUUUUAGUGAUGAAAUCUCGCAGGAGGUAGUUUCUUGAAACACAUCGCAUGUUUCAUUUAGCAUAGCUAUUUCUCAACACUUGCAUGAUACAGAACAAAGAAAUGAAACAAAGAAAAGAACAAAGUAGCACACAUAAGCAAAGAUCAUGCACUGCACUGGCACAGCCAUAAUGCUUUUUUGAGUAUUUUUUCUUGCUGCUUUUUUGCCUCUAUUUAGAGGCAAGUGGGCUAUGGUAUUAAUAUGGUAUGGUAGUAAUAAAUAUUAAAGGAAGUAGUCGUAUUUUAAAAAACGCUUGUUCUCUUUUGAAAUUUUUGCCCAUUUGAAACAUGGCAAUGAUAUACUGUAUCGGCUGUGAUCUAUACCGCAGUGUAAUGCCAGCAGUAACAAAAUGUGAAGCUCAGAAAUUGUAAGCAUCUUGUUUCACAAACACGUGGUUAAAAGCUGCAUAGUCGGAAUGAACUUGUUUUUGGACAGUGCUAAUUUAAUCCAUGUAAGACAACUAAGGUGAAGUAUUUUACCUCUAAUAAACUAAGGCAAUGUAUGAUCAACCCAUCUGAAAGUACAAGUUCCAUGUUUCUGUAGCUCAUUUAAUGCAUGGAGGUUAUGUUCUGAAGUAGAACACAACACAGGCAUUACUGCAAAUGGGUCUGUGUAAGAGAAUAACAUAACAAACUUUUAAACCAUAGGGCAGGUAAUAUUCAUGCGAGGCAUAUUUUGAGUUUGAGCAGUAACAAACCAGAAGUAAACACAAAUUGUAUAAAACUAAUAUGCUGGUCACAGUAUUCAUCUGCAGAUUAAUGUAAGGAUUGACUGACAUGAAGUGUGCCAAGUCGUAAAGCAUAUUUUAAUAGAUGCCAAGUUAGAGUUGGGGAAUCUAUUAAAACUUGUUAUCGGUGUUUCUUAAAGUGAUGUGCGAGUGUUUUUCCUAAAUGAUAGCUGCUCUCUACAUACUAUGCAAUUUUAUGGCAACAGUGCAGUGAUGGUUGUAUGUUGAAGAAAUGACAACUUCCAGCUCUCAUUCUGCCUUUUCUGGAAAUUUGCACCAGUGCUUAACAGUGUGCUUCAUCAUUUGGUUUCAUUUGACUUCUCUUACUUUGCAGAGUGUAAUAGAAGAGCCUUGCAUUGAAUUGUACUGAAUUUCCAAGUCUCUGCUUACAUCUAAACUGACAGUUGCUGCAAACAGUUGUCAUAAAGAACGUAAGCAGGCUUCAUGUAACUUUACACCCAGAAAAAAGCACCACAUAAAAAUUCUGGUUCAAAGAAGUGUAUGUGACAUUGUUUGUUGACAAUAAAGCUGUUCUUUUUUUUUCUUUCA